AUGUUGAGAAGAGUGGCAUUAGGAGUCUCUGGUGGAGUUGACAGCGCUGUUAGUGCGUUAAUUCUGAAGAAACAAGGUUUUGAAGUGAUAGGAGUAUUUAUGAGAAACUGGGACACAGUAAAUGAGAAAGGUAUCUGUCAACCAGAUAUUGACUUACAAGAUGCAGAAUUUGUCUGUAAAAAGCUGAAUAUCCCUCUACAUGAAGUGAAUUUUGUAAAAGAAUAUUGGAAUCAAGUGUUUAGUGAGAUGUUAUUUGAGUAUGAGAAUGGUAGAACACCCAAUCCUGAUAUAUUAUGUAAUAAGUAUCUAAAAUUCAACAUGUUUCUAAAAUAUGCUUUAGAAAAGCUAAACUGUGAUGCCAUAGCAACAGGACAUUACGCUAGAACAGACGUGGGUUUCGAUUUACAUCUAGUAGACAAGAAAAAAGGUCAUUUGCGUGGUAAACUCAAAACAAAUGAUGGAGUAAAAUUAUUAACUGCUGAAGAUGUUUUAAAAGAUCAGACAUUUUUCUUGAGUCAGAUAAAACAGUCAGCGUUGCAGAAGACAAUAUUUCCUGUGGGUGAAAUCAAUAAAACAUUUGUGCGUAAAAUGGCUGUCGCUGCUGGCUUAGAACAUAUAGUACAGAAAAAAGAGAGUAUGGGAAUUUGUUUUAUUGGAUCAAGAAAUUUUCAAAGUUUUAUAGAAGAGUACAUUGAACAGAAAAAAGGAAAUUUUAUAGAUAUUGUUACUGGUAAAAUAGUGGGAGAACACAAAGGUUGGUACAGCUUUCAUUACUGGACUAUAGGACAACGUGCUUGUAUUGGUGGAAUUGAUAAACGUUAUUUUGUAGCAGAUUUUAAAAUUUCAACCAAUGAUAUUCUUGUCGCUCCAGGCACCAAACACCCAUCUUUAUUUUACCAGACGAUUUUCACAGAGCAGCCACACUGGAUUCGAGCUCCACCUGUACACCUUUAUAAAGAUCAGAUGUUUGAUUGUGACUUUCGAUAUCAACACAGUCAUCCAGUGAUAAAAUGUACUUGUACCCUAACUGGUGGAAACGGUUUAAUAGUGUCUCUUGAACGACCAAUGAGAGCUCUGUGUGUGGGUCAGUUUGCGGUGUUUUAUGAUAAAGAGGAGUGUCUAGGCAGUGCCAGGAUUAUUCGUAGAGGACCCUCUCUUUUUACCUUAAAUUAUAAAGACUAUAUGGAUCUUCCUCACGAAUUCACUUGAUUAAACACAGUAGAUAUAGCUAGAAUUCAAAUAUAUUCUUGUGUGUUGAAAUAUGACUGAAGUGAUUAAGAAUCGUGGAAAGCUUAUGGCAACUAAUAAGGGCUGCUUGAUUGAUGAAUUCUGCAUAUGUUCAGGAUUCAUGGAAUCAACUGUACAUUUAGAAUUCCACUUAAGCCAAAAAAAUAGCAAUUCAAAAUGGAGGAGAAAAGUAUAAUUUUGAAUGUGAUAUAUUCACAGUGUUGCUGGUAGUCAAGGAAGUGGGGUAGUGACACAUUGGUGGCACUUGAUUGAUGAUUUCUGUUCUGUUCAGGUUGUUUCAAUUCUUGGUGUCAACAAUUUGGAAUUUGAAAUGUAAAAAUUUAACUUGCUAUUCCUUUCUCUGCCAUUGUGAAUUCUGUUUUCACCUAUUUUUUCAGUGAACAUGGAUUGCAUUCUGCAUCCCUUUCCAACUUACUG